ACAUUGCACACUGAGAGACAUGAAGUGUAUCACGUGACCAGACAUUGCACACUGAGAGACAUGAAGUGUAUCACGUGACCAGACAUUGCAUACUGAGAGACAUGAAGUGUAUCACGUGACACAGUGCACACUGAGAGACGUGAAGUGUAUCACGUGACACACAGUGCACACUGAGAGACAUGAAGUGUAUCACGUGACACAGUGCACACUGAGAGACGUGAAGUGUAUCACGUGACACACAGUGCACACUGAGAGACGUAAUGUGCUUGAUGUGUUGUGAAAAGCCCCUGUUCAGAUAUGAUGUCAGUACACUGUAAGAAGACACCCGUCAUGGCUGUUGAGACACGUUGUCAGUACACUGUAAGAAGACACCCGUCAUGGCUGUUGAGACACGUUGUCAGUACACUGUAAGAAGACACCCGUCAUGGCUGUUGAGACACGUUGUCAGUACACUGUAAGAAGACACCCGUCAUGGCUGUUGAGACACGUUGUCAGUACACUGUAAGAAGACACCCGUCAUGGCUGUUGAGACACGUUGUCAGGACAGUCCGACAAGACCCUCUGUUCAAACAUGUAGCCUUCCAGUUGUGUCCUCGAGGGCCUAAGAAGAAGCUUCUACUCGCCCUGUUGGUAGUGUGUGCCCUAUCACCAGUCCUCAAGUACGUCAACGUCGUCUCCAAUGUUGUCUCCAACGUCAUCAGCCCUUGGAGGAAUAUUGCAUUCCUGGAGGAAAUGCCAGAUUUUCGAGAAGAUACCUCCCAAACAAAGACAACUGGUUCAAAACAACUUUGUCCAAAGAAGGCGCCCAAUCUCGUUGGUGUUUCUUCCAUAAACGAGAGUCUGGUCACGCUGGAAGGACUUAUCGGAAAGUAUAUCUCGAGUCGACCAGGCGGUCACUUCAAGCCCCCAGAGUGUGUGUCUCGAACUAAGACAGCUGUCAUUGUGGCAUACAGGAACAGACAACGCCACCUUGUGGUGCUCCUCAAUCACCUCAUCCCCUUCCUAGUCCGUCAGCAGGCAGACUUCGCCAUAUUUGUUGUAGAGCCGCUGCCCAACGUGACGUUUAACAGAGCCCUCCUGAUGAACAUCGGCUUUGUGGAGGCUCUCAAGACUUACAACUUUACCUGCUUUAUCUUCCACGAUGUGGAUCUCUUGCCGGUGACAGACCACAACCUCUACCGAUGUGGUGCCACGCCCAGACACAUGGCUGUGUCCAACAGCAAACUUGACAAUAUAUCGUUUCACGAAUAUGCCGGAGGAGUUGUUGCCGUGUCACGUGACGUGUAUCAACAUGUAAAUGGCCACUCAAAUCUAUACUUCGGUUGGGGAGGAGAAGAUGAUGACUUGUUAUAUAGGUUACAGUGGAAGCACCACCCUAUGUCCCGCUACCCUCCUGCGAUUGGACGAUACAUCGCUUUGAACCACGCCGACGAUAUAGGCAACCCAGUGAGCGACAUACGGCUCGCGCUACUCGAGACGGCGGAAAAACGCAUGGCAGAGGAUGGGCUGACGUCACUGAAAUACAAGAUUAUUCACCGGAAAUAUAAACCAUUCUAUACCUGGAUUCAAGUGGAUAUAGAUAUGAACUAUUAUAGUUCAAUGGUAUCCAAGUGGCAACAGUAGCAACACUGACGAUCAGGAAGAAGCAUAUGUACAUAUAUAAACUCUCUGUUCAUAUAUGCUGCGAUAACUCCAGCCGUGGACGCCAGCUCGGAUACCACAAGUGAGCGCCCUUGACACCAGUCACAUGGCAUUGGAACUCUUCCAUCUAUGAACUGAAAUAUUCUCAUACUCAGCACUUGAAUUCCAUCAAUGAUCUGUAUACUAUAAACAGACACCAUAUGGUAUCUGUAUAUACCAGUGCAUUCGGAACAGCGAACUCUAAGUGCAUUGGGAAAGAUGGAUUCUCAAUAACUGUACACCAUGCUAGAGUACCGGGACACGUGGGUGCUGGACAACAGACGAGCUGCCAUCAGCCAGAUGACCACCACGGAGGCCGCCUGUGUCAUUAACUCAACGGAUAUGUCCGACUUCUGAGAUGAACUCCACAAACGCGGCGAUCAGACAAGACUGACGUCACCUUGUAGGACAACUGUUAACUUAUUGUUCUACUUGUGUAGCAGGACUGCGUCCGACGAGCACAGACCACAGACGCUACUGUGUUCUUCGAUGGCCAAUUUUUAUUUCCAGACAGCUUGAAUGUGAACAAAACAACCUGAAACAAUCGGGCCUACAAUAUAACACAUAUAAAACAAUAUACACGUGCACGUAUUAUAAACACAGAUAGACACAUGUAAUACGAUAAGAGACAGGACGUAAAGUUGUUGAGAAUGCACUGGUUAAUAAAUUACAAAUAAACAGUACAUCAAUGACAUGUAAACGACAUGUAAACCUACCAGGUGUGUGGGCCUGGGUUGAUAUCACACCUGGGGACGAUACCGCGCUAGGUUUCUGCACAGUAGUGCAAAACUCGUCAGCAGAGGAAAUAACAUUACUGAUAUACAGUACACGCAGACAUGCCAAUAAGAAUAAAUGUUUUCUAUCAUA